CUUGUCUGAUACAGGUGUUGUCAGCUUCACACAACAAGAUGUCGGUGUUUGCAGUUAUUCUUCUGUUCUUGGGAGUUGUUUCGGUGAGUUGUCAGGUGGCCACUCCCACCUACAACACUCGGGUGACCUCUCCCACCUACGACACCCAUGACCCCUACUUCACAGUGAUCACUAAAUAUGUAACCGAGACGGUGACUGUAACCCACACGCUGAGGGAGACUUCCACUUCUGACGUGUGGAUCACUGACCAGACCACCGUAGUGCUCCCUGUCACCCAGUAUACCACCGACUGGGACUUUGUGUCCUCCGAACCCUACACCCGGACCUCUGUAGUGAGGGUCACCUCCACCCCGGUGAUCGUAACGACCGUAACAUCCUUCACCAACCCAGUAAGAACUGUAACGUCCAUCUUCACUUCCUUCUUCACCUCAACCACCAUCCUUGAGUUCUGGCAGAGCAUCACUCACGUCUCCCUCGCUCACCAGAUCUUCACAAAGCCAGUGUUCUCCACGCAGGAGUUGGUGCAAGAGAUAGUUACGACAGUGACGCAAAUCGUGACCUCUACCGUCACCUCCUCUACAGGAUACUUAGGAUAAUAACGCCACUAAAUGUUGUUUAACCGGUGUUGGCUAAUUGUAAAACUGGGAUAGGAAUAUUAAAUAAA